AUGGAUGGGCUACAGAGAACUAACUACUCUGAGGUCACUGAAUUCAUCCUGGUGGGUUUUUCCCAGAAGCCCCAUGUGCAAGUUGCCUUCUUCACUGGGUUGCUGUGUUUCUACCUCUUCACAGUUUGGGGGAACAGCCUCAUCAUCACUGUGAUCCAAAGGGACACUCAGCUGCACACCCCCAUGUACUUUUUCCUCAGCAACCUGUCCUUCCUUGACAUCUGCUAUACCACCAGCUGGGAGCCUUAUGUGUUGGCCCAGUGUUUCAAGGACUUCCCCACCAUCUCCUACACCAGCUGCUAUGCCCAGAUGACCAUUUCCCUGUUCCUGGGGAUGACUGAGUGUCUCCUCCUUGCCAUCAUGGCCUAUGAUCGGUUUGUUGCCAUCUCCAACCCUCUGCGCUACACUGUCAUCAUGAGCAACCAGGUCUGCUUGCAGAUGGCAGUGGGUACCUGGGCUGGUGCCUUCCUCUUAUCUGUAAUGCCAAUUGUUGCUAUUCCAGCUCAAUACUGUGGGCACAAUGUCAUUAACCAUUUCACCUGUGAGAUCCAAGCCUUGUUAAAGCUUGUAUGCUCAGACACCCCCAUGAGCCUGAUCCUGGGUCUGGUCAUUAGUACUUUUACACUGCCCCUACCCUUCACCUUUAUCCUCAUCUCCUACAUCCGCAUUGUGGCAGCUGUGCUCAGGAUUCGCUCCACAGAGGCCAGGCUCAAAGCUUUCUCUACCUGUGGUUCCCACUUGACAGUAGUGACCAUAUUUUAUGGGACAGCCAUCUAUAUGUACUUGAAGCCCCAAUCUAAAGAGUCUCAGGACCAGGACAAAGUCAUCUCAAUACUUUAUGGAGCAGUUACCCCCAUGUUGAACCCUCUCAUUUAUACCCUAAGGAAUAAGGAUGUGAAAGGUGCCCUCAGGAAAUUGAUUGGAGGAAAAGAAAAAUCUUGA